AGCUACCUCGGCGCCGGCUCGGUUCUAGGACGUGUCGGUCUGCACCGGUCGGGGGCGGCUCCCUGCUGCCUCCGAGCCUAGCUGCCUGGCCUUCGGCAUUUGCAGGCAGACACACUGCCCUCCAGAAACGAUGGGUGUCGCUAGAUCCAGCUGGGACUCUGCCAGCCUCAGGCGCUCAGUCUAAGAGAAGGGCCAUCUUCCAGCCCUGCUCUCCCUGCCUGUCAUGGCCACAUUCGGCUGCUGUCUGCAUGUCUGGGGACACAGGGCACCCAGCCCCAGCCCUGAGAAGUUAAGCCAGGCCUUCUGGCUCAGUUCCACAGGGGCACUCCAGACCCCAGGCCCCUUUCAGAGCAAAAGCAACUGAUGCUAUGGGAGAAGCCCCUGCCCACCUGUCCACUCACCUGGCACUGCCCACCCUGAGACCCAUGCACUGGGUUCCCCUGGAGGUGCCAACCCUGUGAGUCCCUCCCUGUCCCCUGACGCUGAGAAAGCCCUGCCCUCCCCCACCAUGUGUGAGGUGAUGCCCACAAUCAAUGAGGGGGACCCCCUGGGGCCCCCUCAUGGCGCCGAUGCUGACGCCAACUUCGAGCAGCUGAUGGUGAACAUGCUGGACGAGCGGGAGAAGUUGCUGGAAUCUCUUCGGGAGAGUCAGGAGACCUUGGCGGCCACGCAGAGCCGACUCCAGGAUGCCCUACAUGAGCGGGACCAGCUCCAGCGCCACCUUAACUCUGCCCUCCCCCAGGAAUUUGCCACCUUAACCCGGGAGCUGAGCAUGUGUCGGGAACAGCUUCUAGAGCGGGAGGAAGAGAUAUCAGAGUUGAAAGCAGAACGGAAUAACACACGGCUGCUUCUGGAACAUCUGGAGUGCCUGGUGUCCCGCCAUGAACGGUCACUGCGGAUGACUGUGGUGAAGCGCCAGGCCCAGUCACCUUCGGGAGUCUCCAGUGAGGUGGAGGUGCUGAAGGCCCUCAAGUCACUGUUUGAGCACCACAAGGCCCUGGAUGAGAAGGUGCGAGAGCGGCUCCGGGCAGCGCUGGAGCGAGUCACCACCUUGGAGGAGCAGCUGGCAGGUGCCCACCAGCAGGUGUCUGCCCUGCAGCAGGGGGCAGGGGUGCUGGAUGGAGCAGCAGAAGAGGAGGGGACUGUGGAGCUGGGGCCAAAACGCCUGUGGAAGGAGGAUGCGGGCCGGGUGGAGGAGCUACAGGAGCUCCUAGAGAAGCAGAACUUUGAGUUGAGCCAGGCCCGGGAGCGACUGGUCACCCUGACAGCAACCGUGACUGAACUCGAGGAGGACCUGGGCACGGCCCGCCGGGACCUCAUCAAGUCGGAGGAGCUGAGCAGCAAGCAUCAGCGGGACCUCCGGGAGGCUCUGGCCCAGAAGGAGGACAUGGAAGAGCGGAUUACUACACUGGAGAAGCGCUACCUGGCUGCUCAGCGUGAGGCAACAUCCAUCCAUGACCUCAAUGACAAGCUAGAGAAUGAGUUGGCCAACAAGGAGUCCCUGCACCGCCAGUGUGAGGAGAAGGCCCGACACCUGCAGGAGCUGCUGGAGGUGGCAGAGCAGAAGCUGCAGCAGACGAUGCGCAAGGCAGAGACGCUGCCAGAGGUGGAGGCUGAGCUGGCCCAGAGAAUUGCAGCCCUCACCAAGGCUGAAGAACGGCAUGGCAACAUUGAGGAGCACCUGCGGCAGCUGGAGGGACAGCUGGAGGAGAAGAACCAGGAGCUGGCACGGGUGCGCCAGCGGGAAAAGAUGAACGAGGACCACAACAAGCGGCUGUCGGACACAGUGGACCGGCUGCUCAGCGAGUCCAAUGAGCGUCUACAGCUCCACCUGAAGGAGCGCAUGGCAGCCCUGGAGGAGAAGAACACGUUGAUCCAGGAGUUGGAGAGCUCCCAGCGGCAGAUUGAGGAGCAGCACCACCACAAGGGCCGCCUGUCUGAAGAGAUUGAGAAGCUGCGCCAAGAGGUGGACCAGCUGAAGGGCCGAGGGGGCCCGUUUGUGGAUGGCGUGCACUCCAGGUCGCACAUGGGCAGUGCAGCAGACGUGCGGUUCUCCCUGGGCACAACCACACACGCACCCCCAGGCGUGCAUCGCCGCUACUCAGCAUUGAGGGAAGAGUCUGCCAAGGACUGGGAGACUUCUCCGUUGCCUGGGAUGCUGGCCCCGGCAGCCGCCCCUGCCUUUGACAGUGACCCUGAGAUCUCCGACGCAGAUGAGGAUGAGCCAGGGGGUCUGGUGGGCUCUGCGGACGUUGUCUCCCCCAGCGGCCACUCAGAUGCCCAGACCCUGGCCAUGAUGCUGCAGGAGCAGCUGGAUGCCAUCAAUGAGGAAAUCAGGAUGAUUCAGGAAGAGAAGGAGUCCACGGAGCUCCGGGCGGAGGAGAUUGAGACACGUGUGACCAGUGGCAGCAUGGAGGCCCUAAACCUGAAGCAGCUGCGCAAGCGCGGUUCCAUCCCCACCUCUCUGACAGCCCUGUCCCUGGCCAGCGCGUCCCCACCACUCAGCGGCCGCUCUACACCUAAGCUCACCUCCCGCAGUGCUGCCCAGGACCUGGACCGAAUGGGGGUCAUGACCCUGCCCAGUGACUUAAGAAAGCAUAGGAGGAAGCUGCUGUCGCCAGUGUCUCGGGAAGAGAACCGAGAGGAUAAAGCCACCAUAAAAUGUGAGACUUCUCCUCCUUCCUCACCCAGGACGCUGCGGCUAGAGAAGCUUGGCCACCCAGCCCUGAGCCAGGAAGAAGGCAAGAGUGCCUUGGAGGAUCAGGGCAGCAACCCCAGCAGCAGCAACAGCAGCAGCCAGGACUCCCUGCACAAGGGCGCCAAGCGCAAGGGCAUCAAGUCUUCCAUUGGCCGCCUGUUUGGGAAGAAGGAGAAGGGCAGGCUGAUCCAGCUGAGUCGGGAUGGAGCCACAGGCCAUGUUCUGCUAACAGACUCCGAGUUCAGUAUGCAGGAGCCUAUGGUGCCUGCCAAGCUGGGGACCCAGGCAGAGAAGGACCGGCGGCUAAAGAAGAAACACCAGCUGCUUGAAGAUGCCCGCAGGAAAGGAAUGCCCUUUGCCCAGUGGGAUGGUCCUACUGUGGUCUCCUGGUUGGAGCUCUGGGUGGGGAUGCCUGCCUGGUACGUGGCAGCCUGCCGGGCCAACGUCAAGAGUGGUGCCAUCAUGUCCGCUCUGUCGGACACAGAGAUCCAGCGGGAGAUCGGCAUCAGCAAUGCCCUGCACCGGCUCAAGCUCCGCCUGGCCAUUCAGGAGAUGGUGUCACUGACCAGCCCCUCUGCCCCGCCCACCUCCAGGACUUCUUCUGGGAAUGUCUGGGUCACCCAUGAAGAGAUGGAAACUCUGGAAACAUCUACUAAAACAGACAGUGAGGAGGGCAGCUGGGCUCAGACCCUGGCCUAUGGGGACAUGAACCAUGAGUGGAUUGGGAAUGAAUGGCUGCCUAGCCUGGGGCUCCCGCAGUACCGCAGCUACUUCAUGGAGUGCCUGGUGGACGCCCGCAUGCUGGACCACCUCACCAAGAAGGACUUGCGGGUCCACCUGAAGAUGGUGGACAGCUUCCAUCGAACCAGUCUUCAGUAUGGCAUCAUGUGUCUGAAGAGGCUGAAUUAUGACCGGAAGGAGCUGGAGAAGAGGCGAGAGGAGAGCCAGCACGAGAUCAAGGAUGUGCUAGUCUGGACCAACGACCAGGUGGUUCAUUGGGUUCAGUCUAUUGGGCUCCGGGAUUAUGCCGGAAACCUGCAUGAGAGUGGUGUGCAUGGAGCCUUGCUGGCCCUGGACGAGAACUUCGACCACAACACACUGGCCCUGAUCCUUCAGAUCCCCACACAGAACACCCAGGCACGCCAGGUGAUGGAAAGAGAGUUCAAUAACCUGUUGGCCUUGGGCACAGACCGGAAGCUGGAUGACGGGGAUGACAAGGUGUUCCGCCGCGCGCCCUCCUGGAGGAAGCGCUUCCGGCCGCGGGAGCACCACGGUGGCGGCGGCAUGCUCAGCGCCUCGGCGGAGACCCUCCCGGCGGGCUUCCGUGUGUCCACCCUGGGGUCCCUGCAGCCCCCACCGGCCCCGCCAAAGAAGAUCAUGCCUGAAGCUCACUCCCACUAUCUCUACGGACACAUGCUCUCCGCCUUCCGGGACUAGCCACGGCCCCCAGGGCUGGCUUCCUUCUUCUGGGUUUCACAGGCUCUACUGGCCCUGACCCCUCCUGCUCGUUCCCCUUCCUUCCGCGGCUCCUAGUCUCGUCCGUGACUUUACGGUUGCCCUGGAUCUCAGAAUAUAUUCGUCCACCCCCUCGGCACCCCACUACCCAGAGUCCCACCGUGUGUCCAUUGUAAGUCUGGUGGGUGUGGCUGGGGUCUCCUGGUAUUGUGGAGGCACCCAGGUUGUCCACACUUGGGAUUCUGGGGGAAGGAGAGAAGGGGCUCCCAGGGUGGAUGUGAAGCCACCCUUCCUCUUCUGGACCCAGUCUGGUCUGCACCGCAGCCUCCACCAAGACCAGGAUCCUGGGCCACGGGCUGGGAUGAUCCUUCUAAGAAAGGGUCAUUUCAGACGCAGCCCUGUUUGGGCUAUUCAACCUUAGGGUCUCUUUCCACGUCUGGCUGUGCCAAAUGGUUUGGCAGCUGGUUUUGGCAUCCCCAGCAUCAUCACUCUCCCAACCCAUCACCAUGACUGCGGUUCCUGUCCCCAUUCUCUUGGGGACAGGGAGGGACUGGGAAGGGCUACUGAAGACCCCAUUCUCCCGCAGGAUGGUGAGGCUGGGAGGAGGAAGACUGAGGUAGAGAUUCCAGGCCCUGGCAUAAGCUGAAUCCCAAAUGUGGGUUUGGGAAGAACCAGAGAGAAAUGGAUCCCUGAGCUCUGAGCCAAGGGUGAGGAUGGGGAAACUCUAAGCCCCUGCCCAAUAAGAGGCGCAGGCAGACCAGCCAGAGAGAAAGCCGAUGGCCUCUGGGUAGCCUUAAGCCCAAAGGGCAGGGGGAAUGUCCCCUGCCCCAACCAUCGGGUGGAGCUUCUGCUGGGCUGUGGGGAAGGGAGGUUGUGUGGAUCUUGACUCUGGGGCAGAACAGAUCUAACCAUGCAUUGCUAGCUCUGCUCCCAGCAUCCCUUUCCCUUCUCUCCUCCUCUGCCUCACUUUAGUAAUCCCAGCCCUAUAAAAAUGAACAUGAUGGGUGGAUGGAAUAUACAUUGACCCUAAAGUCAAGUCUGGGGAAAAGGCAGACUGAGGCCUCCUUUCUCUGACCUCCCAGGAAGAAAAUAGUUUCUCCUACAGUGAUUCAUGUCCCAGAUUCAGGAAAACCAAUGUUGGUGAAGUCAGCCACUCUCCUGCUUGUCCCCACAUCACCUAACCCUCAUCCAGAGCUCUUUUGGUGUAUAGGGACUGCCUCCUCCUGGAAUUCCUAAGAUCCACCCAGCUUCCACCAUUUUCAUUGCUUUCCCCAGCAGCAUGGUGGGAACCUGAGCUGAGGGAUACAGGUCCUGUUUUGGUAGGAAUAUUAUUCCCAAGAAACACCCCCUCCUCACCUACUCUCUCAUCCUACCUAGGUGCCUGAAAAUGUUCAAGACUUAUGUUCAGGGUGGGAUGAUGGAACCUAGGGCUUCAUCAAAGUGAGAGGAAAGGAAAAGCAUCUGGCACGUGUUUCUUGGAGAGGGGCCAGUGCAGUGCCAUCCUGCAGGUGGCUGGAGCAGCUGCAUUGCAACCUGAUCACCUUGAGUUCUGAGCAGGGGCUAGGCUUGCAGGUGAGAUAAUGGGCCAGGGCACCCAGUCCAGAAGGAGCAAUGGCACCUGGGCAGUGCCAGGGCUUAGAGCCUGCUGCUCCUUUUCAGUAGAGGAGAGGCUCAUCAGUGGUGUGGUGGGGUGGGCUCUCCCCUAGGCUUGGGCAAGGCAGCCACUUGCCCUUGCUCUCCCUUAGUGUUCCCUGGCCUCCCUGCCAUCAGGUUGCUGGGAGUGGAGAUGGAGGGAUUAUUGUGCAGAAAAUGAGUUGGAUGGAGAUAAAGAACUCCCAUCCCUGCAUAAUGGAUGUUAAGAUGAUGGAGAUUCCUAAGAUUGGUGGAGUUGGGCAAUGCACAGCCAUCUGACUCCUUCAGGGUGCUCUUGAUGGGCUGGCUGUAUGGGAGACUCAGUCCCAGCCUCUCUCCUCUACAAUUCCUGCCACUGUUGGCCAUGUUGUAAGGCAGUAGCUGUGCCAGGAUAGCUGGGUCCAUUCAGAGCACCCUGAGAAGUAUUGCAGGGAGGUGUUAAGAAGAGAAAUCUGAAGAAAUCUGUGCAAACAGUGAUGGAAGGCUGUUGUCUUGGUGUAUCCCUUGCCUCAUAGUCAAUAUAUUUUUUUCUUUGGCGAGUCACCAGUGACCCGAGCCCUCCACACCAGCCUCCUGUAUCUCAUCAGGUCCCUUCUCAGUACUGUACUUGCUCAGUGCAUCAGGAAUGGGUGUAUGGGUGUGUGUGGAUGUGAGUGUGGGUGUGUACGUACUAAUAAACAACCUGGUUUUAAGAUAAUGUA